AUGGAUGUUCCUGCCCUUAAUCAUAGGUGGCCGAUGAUGAACUCCAUUGAAGAAUCUGCUACAGAUAAUACCUCUUUCGACCUAUCCUCCUCCUCGGAUCAUGGGAGCUACCCAAAUCAUCCAUCCUCCGGCAAGAGAAAGCUACCUCAUGAUGUUUCUCAAAUUAAUAGCAUUAGUCUUAAACCACCUGUCCAACUGAACAACAACGGCAUGAAUUCGAAAUUCAUUGGCACAUCUCCAAAGCCCUCUUCUUCUCCUUCCACCAGAAUGAUUUCGUUUGGGACUGUGAACUACAACUUACCAAAUUACUCUGUCAAGACUGAGUCCGAAGAUAUGAUGCCUAUCGGAAAUAUAGGCUUCUCCUCUUCUAUUUCUCCAACAUCCUUUGAUCAGGAAUCAUAUCGAGCUCUAGAGCAUGGCACCGACCCUUUUAAAAGGGGUUUCUCUCGGACACACUUGCAGGCUCAAGAUCAUCUUUUAGCAGAAAGAAAACGACGAAAAAAUCUGUCCAAGCAUUUCAUAGCUUUAUCAGCUAUAGUUCCUCACCUAGAGAAGUUGGACAAGGCAUCUGUGCUUGUAGGUGCUGUGGAGCAUAUAAAAAAACUCGACAAACGGGUGAAGUUUUUUGAGGAAGAAGAGAAAAAGAGGAAGCAGCGGGAGGAAUUGGUUGUUUCUGCAAUGAAGAAAUCUCGUCCUAUUUGUUCUACUGCCACCAACGACGAUGCAUCAUCAUCUGGGGAGAAAACCUCUGAUGACAGCAGCUGCGAUCAGUUGUCGUCGUCUGCUGUUGAGGUUCAAGUAAAAAGUUCAGGAGUAGAUAUGCUAAUAAAAAUCGAAUGCAAGAAUCACGAAGAAAUCUUGCUCGAAUUCGGUUCCCUAAUGAACAAGAUCCAAUUAACUAUCAAAAGCAGCAGCUUUUUGCAAUUUGGGGAUGGCAUGCUUUCUAUUGGUGCAGUUGCACAGGUGAAUGAGGAAUUCUGCAUGACUGCGGAGGUUCUUGCAAAUAAAAUACGACAGGCUCUGGCAAACCUUUAUGAUGGAAGAUCAUAA